UAUCUCUGAGGUCCAAACUCUUCGGUGGAGGAGAAGAACUGAAACGGUAAUCUAGCUCUUCAAAGCCUCUUACUUUACCGAUUACUUGCUCUUGUACCAUGUAUACGAUCAUUUAUAUGGGUUUUUAUCGGUUACGGUAAUCCUCCGUGUCUUUUUCUUUGUGUAUGCAUGUUAAGUGUUCGAUAAAAUACCUCAAAGACCUGGUACCAAAAACUAUUCAUAGGGUUUGUAUCCUAGCUCCUCAGAUUUUUAUUCCUAAUUUUAGGUUUGCUGCCUUUGGAAAUUUUUUGUUGUGUUAGUCAUGCUUUUAGACCCCCAUCAGUAGUAUUAAGUUUGUGUGGAAAAAAAGGUCGUGUUUGGAAUCUUCCUAUAUAACCUAAGUAGUUAGAGAUAAAGUGAUCAAUUAUGGAGUCUGUGUUAAUGUGCAGGAAAUGAGAUCCCCUAGAACCUUGGAGGUUUGGAAGCUAGGCACUGUCAACUAUUUGAAAUCCCUUAAACUGCAGGAGAAAUUAGUUUCAGAGAGAAAAGCUCAUCAGAUUCCAGAUACCCUCCUCUCGCUUCAGCAUCCACCAACUUAUACGCUCGGAAAGCGUAGAACCGAUCACAAUCUACUUAUCCCUGAAUCUGAACUUACAAAAAUCGGAGCUGAACUUCAUUAUACUCAAAGAGGAGGAGACAUCACCUUCCAUGGCCCUCAUCAAGCCAUCUUAUAUCCCAUCAUUUCCUUACGCAGCAUUGGUUUUGGUGCUAGGAACUACGUGGAGACAUUGGAGCGGUCAAUGAUCGAGUUUGCUUCGAUUUAUGGCGUGAAAGCUCGAGCAGGAAACAAAUGUGAGACUGGGGUUUGGGUUGGGGAUAGGAAGAUCGGUGCUAUUGGGGUUAGGAUAUCUUCUGGAAUCACUAGUCAUGGUUUGGCCUUAAAUAUAGAUCCUGAUAUGAAGUACUUUGAGCACAUUGUGCCUUGUGGGAUUGCUGAUAAAGAAGUUACAUCUUUGCGAAGAGAGACGGAUACUCUGCUUCCUUCAGAAGAAGUGAUUCAUGAACAGUUGGUUUCUUGUUUAGCCAAAGCGUUUUCUUAUGAUGAUGUUGUCUGGAAGGAAGAUCCUUCACUCAUUUUGGACACCCAAGAUAAAGAAUAA